UCCGGCGGGGUCUGUAGUCCCCGGAGAGGGAGGGCACACUGGGCAUGCGGCGCGGGCACGUCCAUUCUGGAGGGUGGGCAGGAGUCACCGAAGCGUUGUGUGUGCAUCGCAGGCCCGAACUCCCCGCCAGAUUCCCCCCCUGUCGUUGGUAGCGCCCCAAGGCGGAGGGAGGCGGCGGUGAGCGCUGCAGCGGCGCCGUGGGCCCAGGUGCCGGCGCCUCCGCCCGGCGCCAUGAGGCACCUGCCGUACUUCUGCCGCGGGGAGGUGGUGAAAGGCUUCGGCAGGGGCUCCAAGGAGCUGGGCAUCCCCACCGCUAACUUUUCUGAGCAAGUAGUUGAAAGCUUUCCAUCUGACAUCUCUACUGGUAUAUACUACGGGUGGGCCUGUGUUGGAAAUGGAGAUGUGCAUAAAAUGGUUUUGAGCAUAGGAUGGAAUCCCUUCUACAAGAAUAUUAAGAAGUCAGUGGAAACACACAUUAUCCACACCUUCAAAGAAGACUUCUAUGGAGAAAUUCUUAGUAUUGUCAUAGUUGGAUACAUUCGRCCAGAAAAAAACUUUGAUUCCUUAGAUGCGCUCAUUUCGGCAAUUCAGGAAGACAUUGAAGAAGCAAAAAGACAGCUAGACCUACCGGAACAUCUUAAACUCAAAGAAGAUAACUUUUUUCACCUGCCAGAAGGCAAAAUAGUAAACAACCACUGAGAAAACCCAUACCGCUUUUUUUUUUUUUUUGCCUGUUUUUAAAAAAAAAUUAUUUUUUCCCAUGUCAUGGAGCUUUUAUAUUUGCACAGCUGUCAGAGAGAUAGGAUCUCUUUGUCUUGUGUCUGCUGAGUAACUGAGAUUGUAUCCAAUCAUACAAGAUUAUUUCCGUUUUCUUUGGUUAAGUCAUCAUUAGACCAGUCAUACAAAAGGACUGGAAGGCUCUACUAUGCCUUUAUAGAUAAAUCAUGUAUCCUAAAGUUACCAGAUUUUAAGAGACCUGAGCACUCGCAGAACAUGACCAAAGUUAAUUGUAACUGUAAGGUAUGGAUAACUGAUUUAAUGAUGAAUGUCUGUUUUUAAUGUACUGAAUGUUCUUCCAGCUUUUCCUAAUUUUAUGUCAUUCUUAGGUCUGGAUUUUAGCUUAGAAAACGAUGAUCACUCAUGGAAAUGAUGAAAUUGACUCAGAAGAUUUCUGUGGUUAGAUAUGUUUAGAUAGCAAUGGCAAGAUUAAUUCUCUAUAGUUCUUAUUUUUAUAUACUACACAGCUGUUAUGGUUGAAGCUGUUACUUUAAUUGAAUUAUUUAUUUUAUUUGAAAUGGAAGAGAAAUCACUGUUGCUCAUUGUGUUGCUAGAAUCUGAGCUAUACUUCUUCACAGUUGACUGAACAUAUGACUUAUGUUUAAUUGUGAAGAAGUGUUUCACUUGAUUUCAGAAAAUGAGUAAAAGUGUGAAAGUUGAUAAACUUUAAGGUUUAGAUGCAAAAGAUGCAGAAACAAUAAAACAAGACUUCUGCUCAUUGGGCCUUAAAGGAAAAUAGGUAGUGAGAGACAAAUCUGCAUUUUAUAUGCUGCUGGUGUUUUUCAUAGGAAAAUCUUGAAGUUAUUCACUGCACUGGCUGUAAGAUAUCUGACUUCAAGGCUGGCAUUAUUGUAAGGCACAGCAAAAUAUUGUCAAUACUCUGCACUAAGUGCAGGUAAGAGCCAAAGUUUUGGCAGACCAAGUAGAUGAAUACACAAAUAAGUUUUUGGGGAUUUGUUGCAUGAUAUUUUAACACUGUAAUGAAUAUUUUUUAUACAUAGUUGCAGACAGUCCUACUCUGAAAUGUGGGGAUACGAGUGAGGGUUGGACUAGAUGCUCUCUGAAGAUCCCUUACAACCCUAACUAUUCUGUGGCAGAUAAGUGGUAGGAGUACUGUGAGUGUUGAUGGUAAUUUGAAAAAWACUUCUCAAAGAAUGUAAUGUGUGAUUCAGUAUCUGUUCUUCCUCUGAUAAAUUUUUCURUCCCUUGGUGAAUGGAACCAGAUUUGCUGCAGUAACUGUCACAUUCAUAAAUUUUUGACAUCACCCUGUGGUAUGUCUGGGGCAUACUCUGAAAUUCAAAGUWCUUCUCUGAAUAUGUCUCAACUAUAGUUCUCUGCCUGAAUGACUAUGUUCAACAUGGAACGCACAAUUUCUGUAGUGCAAUUCGAUGAAUUUACUCAUUAUCCUAUCCUCCUAUCCUAUUAGAAUACUUUUCACUCUAGAGUUUAAUAGAGUUUUAACCAGGUAGCUGUUUGGAUCYUUGUGUCAAGUGCUGUCAGGAUGAUGGUUUCACUUCAUAUUGUUUUAAAUUUUAGGCAGUAUCAUGGGCUGUUAUUAAGGAAGAGGCCUUGAGGAAAGCAAGGGCUUGUGUUUGCUCUUUAGGACUUCAGGAGAAAACUUGAUUUAAUUUAAUGAAUUGUUCUCCAGUGCUUUUGAUAGCAGAGGCAGAUUCAAUACAAUUGGGAGAGAGUGACAUGGGACWAUAUGCUUUUUUUUAAAGGAUAAGUGAAAUAAUUUAGUGGGCUUUUACUAUAUAAUGUGUUGGAAGUUAUAUUUCUAAAAGGACUGUAAAAGAAUUGCCUUUCAAGAUUGAUGAUUGGAAUUUUAAAAUUGAGAGAUGGAGAUUUUUCUUUGCAAAGAGUUUAUGCAGUCUUCAGAUCAUAGUAAUGUUAAAAUAAUAUAUUUUAUUACUCCUUUUAGAGAAUAAACAAAAGCCAUCCUAGUCAACAGAAUAGGCUGUCAACAGUAGAUUUUUUUGUUGUUCAUCAUGGUACUGUAGCUGAACACUGAUAGCUGCCUUUAAAAUUGUUUUUUGCCAGUAACGUCAUGGGUCUGUUGUAGAAACUAUGGUGCCUUAAGCUGGUUGUCUGAAUAAUACUUUUCUGUAUCUGCUAAUAAAUGCCACUAUCAGAAAUUCAGUUCACCAUUUGGUUACAUAACYGCUGUGCUAUGGACAGAGAACAGUAACAAAGAGAAAACUUCCAAGACUUAGUUUGCUCUCAAAUCCUAGCUGAGGUAUGAUAUAUGGAUACACUGAGCUAAGAAACUGCUUGUUAUGUGUUUGUCUUCAAAUUAGAGAAAACGUUAGUACCUCCRUUUGGCUGAGUGUACCUAUCCAUAUUAAUUAGCAGAAAAUGGUAUACAUCACUCUUUAAACUCCAUACAUAAUUCCUGGCACAGUGUAAACUUUUCAAAGGGUUGUAUUUUUUUGUAUUGUGUACAAGUAGAUGUAUUUUGGUUGAUGCUGCUGCACUGUACCGUUAUUAAAGGAACUGUAAUUGACAAAGUUAUCCUUGUCUUGGA